UUCUAUGAUUGCUGCUACAUUUGUAUUAGUCUAAAAUCUUAUCUUAUAUAUAUAUGGUUUUCCAUAAGCUUCUCUAGCUGCUGCUGCAUAUAUAUCUCAUACAUCAAAAAAGUGAAAGUUUGAGAAAAUGAAGAAUAAUAAUAAUUCAAAGAGAAGUGGUGUAAGAAAGUAUCACAAAUCAGAACAACCACGCUUGAGAUGGACACCUGAACUCCAUGAAUACUUUGUUCAAACUGUUGAAGGUCUUGGUGGAAAACAUAAAGCAAGUCCAAAACACAUUUUGAAUAUGAUGCAAGUGAAGGGACUAAGAAUCUCACACAUUAAAAGUCAUCUUCAGAUGUACAGAAACGUUAAGGGACAGAGGAGUCUUGCACCAAUACUGGAAGAAAAUGCAAAAUUCAAUAAUCAUUCAACAUGUUCCACUUAUUCGCCCCAAAGAUCGAGGAAUAUCAGUCAAGAACAUCAGACGUUAUUCAACAAAGGACUUUCACAAACAAGUGAAAUGGAUCAUUAUGAUCUAAAUCAGGAGCCAGAGUCAAGUGCAUGCUUUCUUAGUGAUAUGUCAAAUGAAGAAGGGAAUAGUAGGACUACAAAAUAUCUAAAUCUCCCAUUCCCUUUCAGUUCUCUGUUAAUCCCAGUGCCAGUGGUACAUAAUGAUCAAGGCAUACAUUUUUCUUCACCAAAUUCAAUAGAUAAUUCCUUUGUUGACUCCAGUUCUAAAAAAUCUAAUGGGAGCGAUUAUAUAAACUUAGACCUAUCAAUUUGAAUAUAUUUAUGUAUAUAUAAAAUUUUCCAAUUUGCAUGUAUUAAUACUUAAUAUUAUUAGGUAUGUUGUAUUAAUGGUAGUUUAG